GUCCGCGGCGAGGAGCGGGAGACCCUCUUGUGGGGCUUUGCGCCCUCAGCAGGAGGCUCCUGCGGCCGCCGCCGAUGAGCCUUCCCCGCCAGAGGUCGGCGUUAGCGACCGGGCUGCCUUUUUAGCCGCAGACUUUCUAUGGGCUCGGGCUGAGCGUGCCUGCGGCGGUCACCUUUUGCUCUGCCGUCUUUCCUCCGGUGGGGCAACCGAGGCUGCCGGCGCAGCGCCGAGGAGCGGGUGGCUACAGCUCAGCCGCGGCACGGAUGUCGGUCUCCAGGUGCUGCAGAGGCGGAGGAGACGGCGGUAAACCUGAGCGCCUUUUGCAAGGCCGAGCUUGGAAAGUAUGCAUGACAAACUGUCCUACUCUGAUUGUAAUGGUUGGCCUUCCAGCAAGAGGAAAAACUUACAUAUCAAAAAAAUUGACACGCUACUUAAAUUGGAUUGGAGUGCCUACGAAAGAGUUUAAUGUUGGUCAGUACCGUCGAGAUUUGGUAAAAACAUACAAGUCCUUUGAAUUCUUCUUGCCAGACAAUAAAGAAGCCCUGAAAAUCCGAAAAAAGUGUGCCUUAGCAGCACUGAAUGAUGUUCAACGAUAUCUUUGUGAAGAAAAUGGGCACGUGGCAGUUUUUGAUGCUACAAAUACUACAAGGGAACGUAGAGACACCAUAUAUAAGUUUGGUGAAGAAAAUGGAUUUAAGACUUUUUUUGUGGAGUCAGUAUGCGUUGAUCCUGAGGUUAUUGCUGCAAAUAUUGUGCAAGUGAAAUUAGGCAGUCCUGAUUAUAUUGACUGUGCUAGUGAUGAAGCUACAGAGGACUUUAUGAAAAGAAUUGAGUGUUACAAGAAUUCAUAUGAGACAUUGGAUGAAAAUCUAGACAAGGAUCUUUCUUAUAUUAAAAUCAUGGAUGUUGGAAGGAGUUACCUUGUAAACCAUGUAAUGGAUCAUAUUCAGAGUCGGAUUGUUUACUACCUCAUGAAUAUCCAUGUAACUCCUCGUUCCAUCUACCUGUGUCGACAUGGUGAAAGUGAACUAAAUCUAAAGGGAAGAAUAGGAGGAGACACAGGCUUAUCCCAUAGAGGGAAAGAGUUUGCCAAGAGCUUGGGCCAGUUCAUUAAUGAUCAGAACAUCAAAGAUCUGAAGGUCUGGACAAGUCAGAUGAAGAGGACCAUUCAGACUGCUGAGGCUCUGAGAGUGCCUUAUGAGCAGUGGAAAGUUUUAAAUGAAAUUGAUGCGGGAGUCUGUGAAGAAAUGACAUAUGAAGAAAUUCAGGAAAAUUAUCCCUUAGAAUUUGCUUUGAGAGACCAGGACAAAUACAGAUACAGAUAUCCUAAGGGCGAGUCCUAUGAAGAUCUUGUUCAAAGGUUAGAGCCAGUAAUUAUGGAGCUGGAAAGGCAGGAAAACGUGCUUGUAAUCUGUCACCAAGCUGUUAUGCGUUGUUUGCUUGCUUACUUUUUGGAUAAGCCUGCAGAACAAUUGCCUUAUCUCAAGUGCCCUCUGCAUACUGUCUUAAAGCUAACUCCAGUGGCUUAUGGUUGCAAAGUGGAAUCUAUUUUCCUAAAUGUUGAUGCUGUAAACACACACAGGGAUAAACCACUGAAUGUAGACAUUGUCAGACCUCCUGAGGAUGCCCUUGUAACUGUCCCUGCUCACCUGUGAAUCCUGUUUCCUGAUCAGCUAUGAAAGAUGUGAAUGUGUGUGUGAGCCGCUCUCGAGAAGAAGCCUUGAGGACCGUACCUAAUCAUUUGUAGCUCUCUGGUCUCCCAGGCUGCUAUCCAAUGUCAACAUUAAGGACACUUCUCAGGGACACGAUGAUGAAAGCCUUCAAAGGAGGCAGCCAGCAAGGCCGAAAAAAUGCCUGGUCUCUUUUAAAAUGAAUUUCAAGACUAACUGAGCAUUAAAGUAAAA